AUGGCAUCUCUCAAGGGCAAUGGAGUGUCUCCGUCCGGUUCUCCACUCCAAUCUCCAUCUAGAUCUGCUGGUGUAGCAACUCCGCUAGCAGGCCCCGUGGCUGGCGAUGCUAAGAAUCCAGUUCCUGUCCAAGUUGAUACUGAGGCAUAUAAAGACGAGCCAGAAGAGAUCGACUCAACCUAUGGCUCUGACCAAGACUCUAUCUAUGCUGGCUCCAUCGCCUCUUCCACCUCCAAUUACCAAUACGAAAACGGCCGUCGCUAUCACGCGUACAGAAAGGGCCAGUACGUGCUACCUAAUGAUCAGGAAGAGCAAGGACGAUUAGAGCUUCAGCAUCACAUAUGGCGUCUGUUACUAGGCGGCCGCCUCUUCACAGCACCGUUGGCAUCGCCCGAGGGUGAAGAUGGGCUGCGCAUUCUCGACUUGGGUACCGGCACAGGCAUUUGGGCCAUUGACAUGGCGGACGAAAUCCCAAACUCGUCAGUCUAUGGUAUCGACCUGUCGCCAAUCCAGCCCGAGUGGGUGCCGAACAACUGCCAUUUUCAUGUAGACGACUACGAAGAUCAGUGGACAUUCCGAGAAGACGAGAAAUUCGAUUAUAUACAUGGACGAUCCCUCUGCGGCACAUCUGGCGAUUGGCCGCGGUUCUACAGCCAGGUCAUGGAAAACCUCAAGCCGGGUGGAUGGGUAGAGAUGCAGGAGUACGAUGCGUGGAUAUUCAGCGACGACGAUAGCUGUGACCGCGCCCCGUGGACAAUGGAAUGGCUCGAUAAACUACAGGCUGCCAGCAACCUGUACGGCAAGCCGAUAAAUGUGGCCCAGUAUCAAAAACAGUGGAUGAUAGAUGCCGGGUUUGAGGAUGUCGAGGAGAGGGUAUACAGGAUACCGAUUGGACCAUGGGCCAAAGAUCCUACUCUAAAGGAGUUGGGCAGACUCGAGCAUACUCACAUGCAAAUGGCCGUAGACUCCCACACGCUGGCUCUGUUCACUCGCGCAUUGAACUAUUCCAGAGACCAAGCCGAUGUCCUCAUGGAGGGCGUCAAGGGCGAAUUGCGAAAUCGAGAUCUCCGGCUCAUCACCAGCUACCGGUUUAUUAUUGGGAGGAAGCCUCUCAAUGCUUAG